AUGCUAGCGUUCAAGAUGGAGUCCGUCAACAAAGCUGGGCAUCUGAUGAGUCUAGCGGCUCUGCAGCAGUAUGACCCUUAUAUUAACAAGCUGCUCGAUGUUACCGGGCAGGUAGCGCUGUAUAAAUUCAACUCAAAAGCAAACGAAUGGGAAAAAACUGAUAUUGAAGGCACCUUGUUUGUGUAUGCCAGGUCAGCAUCACCACAUCACGGUUUCACUAUUAUGAACCGUCUAAGCACGGAGAACCUGGUGGAGCCAAUUAAUAAAGAUUUGGAGUUUCAGCUACAGGACCCUUUCCUCUUGUACCGGAAUGCCAGCUUGGGAAUCUAUAGUAUCUGGUUCUACGACAAGGCCGACUGUCAGCGCAUAGCCCAGCUGAUGGUCCAAAUCGUGAAGCAGGAGACAUUGAGGGCUCAGCAGGCUUCUCCAGACCGAGGCCGAACAAAUGGUUGUGUUGAGACGAGACCCAUGGAUAUCUUGGAGCUGCUGAGCAAAGCCAAAGAAGAGUACCACAGGGUAAACACAGACAUCACUCCAGCUCCAGACCCAGUUAAAGUAGAGAGCAUGAAGCCCACAGUUAUUGCUGCCCAGCAGGAGAAGCAAACACAUGGAGUGGUGAAGCAGAUCACAGUGGAGGAGUUGUUCGGAAGCUCUUUACCCAAAAAUCCAACCCCUCCAGCUGAAUCGAUUUCUGGCGAGAGUUUCCUGCGUGGAAUGAGCUACGGGCCUCCUCCUCCUCCUCCUGUACCCCUGGAGCCCCUCCUUACACAGUGUCUCUCUGCCAAUCCACGGCUCCCUCAGCACUCCAUCUCUCCCGCGCUAAUGGCUCCGAGCGGGCCCGAGAACGUUCCAGCACUUGGCGGACAUCGUGGGCAGGCUGGGCCUCAGGCUGCACCUCAGUAUAUAAACCCACUCAAAAACGAUAGCCACGGGAUCCCCAAGCCGACAGCAAUGCCGGGCUUCAUGCCCAGCACGCUAGUCACGCCACAAAGUUUCCGAGAACCUACACCCAAAGCACCAGCAGUUUUCACCAGCAAACCCGCAGCAUCCGCACAAACUAAAGAAGCUGGUACUUUUGCACAGCCACAAGCCCAGAAUCUUGUCAAACCCAUUCCAACCAAGGCGGGGCUAGUUGUGCCAGGGGAGGGGCCGUCUUUGCUACUUUCCCCCAGUGUGUUCCAGCAGUCUACUACAAAAGCACCAGAGCUGCCAAGAAAUCCUGCUCCUCCACAGUCACCCCCUGCCUCUCUGGGGGCUGGAGAGCUUCCUUCAACAGUGUACAGCAAGGCGCAGCUCCAAGAUGUCCUUAUCCAUUUGAUAAAGAACGAUGCCCACUUCCUCAGCACAAUCCACGAAGCGUACAUGCAGAGCCUCGCCAAAGACCUCAGCAAUGUCAAACUAUAGCCUCUAACCCCAGACUCCCAGACUGCGUGCUCUUACUAUCAGCCCAGGGGGCUGCAUUUAGGACAGAACCACAGCAUACUGGUGCACUGGUUCUCUCAGUGUAUCUUAGUCACAGAGGGACGAAUCCAAACGCGCACAUCACUCCUUUUCUUUCCGUGCUAUUCUGCAAGAACGUAAGCUUCAGGAUGACUCCAUAGCCAUAGGUCGUACCACAUCUGAGCCCCGGCCAUUAUGAAUCAUGAGGGAAAGAACACUUCUUUCGUCCAGUCGUCGUCUGUCUCUUCCUGUCUGGCCACCCACCACCCUGUCCGUCAUUCCAUCUCCAGCUGAUGCUUAUGAAAGCAGAUGCAAUACAGGCUUUUUUUUUUUUUGCCUUUUGGAACGUUCAUGUUUAAGGAUGCAUCAGGGUUUUUUUUGUUUGUUUUGCAGAUUUGUCAAUAACAGUACUGACGCUGAAAUGAGAAACCUAAUAACCUAAUAUCAAUGAGCGACAUCAUGGAAUUUUUUUUGAAUGGAAGAUUUAGCUCGAUUUAUGUUGGUUGCUGCUGCAAUGAACUCCUCAUGCUCGGUUUUAUGUUUGCUAUUAUGCCGUUAGAGUAUAUUUAAAAGCGUAGCAGGAUCAGUGAGCGUAUUUAAACGCACCUUGAUUCACAAGCAAAGUAUAGACCUGAAGCACAAGUUCUUCAGCGCUCGUACAGGUGAAGUCCUCUUUAAUGCGUAACAGUUUCUCUGCAAACCCCCC